GCACAGUUACCGUCCGCUCAGCCACCAUGCGACCAGCCGGAGCUUUGAUGCUGGUUUUUCUGGCCGCGGCCUGCCUGCUGGCCCUGGUCCAGGCUUUCCCCCAGGGCGGAUACAAGCCGGCUCCGUCCUACUCAAAUGGAAGAGUCAAAAUCCAGGCCUACCGCGGCCCUAACAAGGAGAAGGUGGGCUACGAGUACUUCGCGCCGUGGGGCUACUACGUCACGCAGCCCGAGGACGACAAGGGCUACGGCCACUAAAUAGCGACACCACUCAGGACAGGAUCAGCGUCGGAGGAGCGGAUCAGGAGGAUACCCACUAGUCUUUUCAUCAGCCGGCAGCGGUCGCGACGACGUCAGUGGUGAUGCGUCGCGACCCCUGCCCCUCCCCCUGCGUGGGGAGGGGCCCGGCUGACCCGAGCGCGCAGCGGCAGUGCCACGUUCCCUUGUUGGCCGGUCAUCGCCAUUGUUCAGUAUGUCAUGUUGUGUGGACAUGUUUUUAAAUAGACGUCAUGUGUUGAACCUCA